CGGCCGAGCCUCCCAGCUGCCGCCACCCAUCUCCGGCUGAAAAACCAGUAAAAGCUUGGGGAUUUCUCCUUUUUUUCUUGUUCUAGAACACAUAUAGAACCCACAAAUCUUUCCCCUGCAGAGAAAUUUCCAGAUCUGCUCUGCUUUUCCUCCUCUGUCCAUCGGUUUCUACUAUGUGGGUGCGAAAUUUCUAGGCUUUUCGAUCCCCCUAAAUUUCCUGCACUUCCCGCCGGCUUCCCCAACCCACAACUUCAGUUUUUGCUUGCAAAAAUUUUGAUUUUGUGGUAUCAGAUUGUGGUAUGAUAAAGUUCUGAGCCUUGUACAUUCGUGGGACCCGUUCACAAGUGUACGGCAUCUGCCACAUCCCCGGAUUUGGGUUCUGGCGCGUGACACAUCUACUUCGACCAGAGGGUUCACAUGACUUGUUUAUACAUCAGAAAUGUUAUGUUCUAUUUCUUGCUGGUAACCACAAUGGAGUCAACAUCGCUAGAAGCAGUACUCAACAUUAUUCUCUUUUAUAUUGCCAGAAGUGGCAUUUACCCACUCCGUUGGGAAUGAUACAGACAUGUUUUACUUUAGCAGCAUUUUUUUACACAUGGCCAGACAUGGCUAAACCUAUUCCAAUGACAUGGUUGAACAUUUUUUACUGUCAUGUCCCCUGCAACGAUGUUCACUAUUGCAUCUUGUGGCUCAAACAAUGGCAAAAGGUUCUUCACAAUCCCAAGCCUCUUCCUCAUCCACCUCAAAGCUUGGCAUCAUGGCCCUCGCGUAGCUCUGCUGUAGAAACGGCUGGCAUACGUCGUCGCAAGCUCACUGCUCGGACAACGAUUGAUGAUGCCCCCGGCUUGAAGAUCUCGCCCACUGUUGUCCUUGUCAUGAGUCUUUGCUUCAGCGGCUUUGUCACUGCUCUUCAUGUGUUUGGCAAGCUUUAUCGCUCCAAAUCUGGAGCCGAAGCAUGAUUCAUGUCCCAAAAACCAUUCCUAUUUCGGAUCUCUGAUCGAUUCGUCAAUUGGUAACCAAAUGCUACAGUUAUUGCUCUUCAUGUGUUUGGCAAGCUCUAUCGCUCCAAAUCUAGAGUUGGAGCAUGAUUCAUGUCCCAAACAACAUUCCUGUUUUGGAUCCUUUUUUUAGUCAUGUUUCAAUUUUAGCUCUAUAAAUGAUGGUAGAAUUGUAGUAUCUAAUGCUUUUCUUGUGGAUUUUUUAUUUCUUGUAUGUUUUUUUCUUUUUGAAAUGGAUGGAUGAGUUUCUUUGCCUUUUCAUAUCGCCUUUUUCUUUCUUCCACUUUUUCUUUAGCGUUGAAAUGAUGGACAUGUCAAUUCAAUUUCUACAAAGGAUUCUCAAACAAUUAUUCAAAUCGCUAAUCUUCUUUUUGUGCAACAGUGGUUAGUAGUUAAUUGCUACACGCCAAUUUUGUUCUUACUUCUAAUGGUUACGGUUUAGAUCCUUUAGCUUUUGUAUGGAUUAGCAUUUCUUUUUUCUGAAAAUUUGUUUACUUUAGUUUUAUUGUUUGAAAGAUUUGUGCUUGAAGGUUUUUUUGGAUUAUCAUUUUGUAUAGAAAAUGAACAUGACACGACUGA